AUGGAAUCUGCUCAAGUAAGAGCCAAGCGUAAGAAAUACGUUCUCACGCUCCAACAAAAACUUGCACUUAUCAAUCGAUUCGAAAGCGGCGAAACCGUACUAUUGUUGGCCCGCGAGUAUAAUAUAGGGUCACAGACAGUACGGGAUAUUAUUAAACAGAAGAAAAAGAUAAGGGAGUUCUUAGUCCUCUGUAACGGUAAAACGGCACAGAUGAAGCGAAAAUCAAUGAAGAUGUCCUCGUUCGAAGAGCUUGAUUCUGCCAUGAUUGACUGGUAUAACAGCAGGGAAAGAGCUGGUAAACUAAUCACAAGUGCGAUGGUUGUAGAACACGCCAAAGCCUUGCACAAAACCUUAGGUUUCGAAAGUCAAUUCAAUGCCUCGGCUGGUUGGCUCAGUAGAUUUAAGAAUCGAUACGGAAUCACAGGAGAGCAUCAACAACCUGCCGAUAGAACAGAAAACCCCACGCAUCCGGAACAAUUUCGCGAACAGUUUCGGCAACUGAUGGAGGCGGAAUCCUGGCUACCCGAUCAAGUAUACAACGUAGAUGAGGUUGGGCUGUUCUGGAAAUGGUUUUCGUCGAAGACCUCUACCAUGCGUCAGGAAAGCAUUGAAAAAAUGAAAAAAUCGUAUAAUGAACGAGUCACGCUGCUUUGCUGUGCAAAUGCUGCGGGAACACACAAGCUGCGACCGAUCAUCGUCGGAAAGACGAGACAUCCGCAUACGUUAAAAGGGGGACAGCAACUUCCAGUGGACUAUUACGUGAGCAAGGGAGCGACCAUGAGCCGAGACAUCUUUCAUCGUUGGUUCGAAACUAGCUGGAUUCCGGAGGUACGCGAAUUUCUAAUCGGCAAGGGGUUGCCCCCGAAAGCAGUUCUUCUACUUGACACGGCUUCAUUUCAUCCAGACGAAACCGAACUGCGUUCGGAUGAUGGAAAUAUGGUGGCUAAGUUUAUUCCGGCCAAUAUUGCAAACCUCAUCCAACCGAUGCAACAAGGAAUCUUGUCGCUGGUAAAACAAAACUACAGCAACGGGUUAGUGAAAGCCCUUCAAGACACGGACGCCAAUAGUUGGACAUUGCUAGACGCUGUACAGUGCAUUGAAAACGCGUGGUCUAGUGUAACGUCGAACGAUGUCGUAAUGUCAUGGAACAAGAUCAUCCCCACCGAUGACAAGCAAUGGUCAUCACACCCGGAAAAGUCUUUAAAGUGUGAGGACGUUCAGGAAUAUCAUCCUAUCGAUCAGUCCACCUUAGAAGAAUGGCUGGAUGUCAACAAGGAUGAAGCUUCCAACGAUAAUGACGUCGAAAUAGCUAUUGACUUUGCGUCCACGAAUUAUGAAAGUAGCGAAUGCGAUCCUUCAGAAGCAAAAAGCGCUAAUAGAAGGAUUGAGCCCUUUGUCGCAUUGCAGUCUGUAGAAUGUCUGUUAGGAUGUGUCGACCGAAAUUGGCUUGAGUAUGAAGAAAAGAUGUCACUUAGACAGAUACAGGCAGAUGUUCAAAAGCUGAUGAAAACCCUAGAAAACAGAACAAGCAAAACCACAGUCAUUCCUAGGGAAACUGUUUAG